UCCAUGCUGCUCGCGCGCUGGUGCAGCGGCAGCGCAGGGCAGAACCAACGGUCCCUCGCCGCCAGAUUGGAAACUCCUUGGGGGCCGCCGAAACCGCAAGUAAGCAGAGGGCAGCUUUUCUGAAGCACCCCUCUCUGCCUACGCCUGAACCCCCAGGCCGGCUGGGAACCGCGCCUUACUGGCGCUGACCCCUGUCGCUCCCCAGCUCGCGCUGACGCGCCUGGGCACCCGCGCCAUGCAAUCCCCGCCGGACUGGCCCCCGACGCCCGACGCCCUGCGGCCCUCGCCCUUCCCACACCCCCUGCUACACGCCCUCCACUGCGUGGGCCGCGUGCUGCUCUUCCCGGCCUACUGGGCCCUGGACCAGCUGCUGGGCUGCUGUGCACCAGCGACGCGCGCAGCCCGCCUGGGGUGGCUGAGAGCUGCGGCGGGCGGCGGGGCGGCGCUGUUGCUGCUGCUGCUGGUCGGCCUGCCACUGGCGCUGCCCGGCCUGCUGCUCUGGUUGCCGCUACAGGCUUGGCGCCGCCCCUUCUGCUACCGGCCCGCUCCGCCCUGUUGGGUGCCGCCUGCGCCUUGGCGCCCGCGCGCUGAGCCGGUGCACUGCUUCGUUUUCUUUUCGGCCAAUCUGUGCCUGCUCCCUGACGGUCUGGCGCGCUUCAACAACCUGUCGCACAGCCAACAGAGGGCCGAGGCCAUUGGCGCCGCGCUGCUAACCGGCCUGCGGCCCUCGCUCUACAGAGCUACGGACUGCAGUCAGCCAUGGCCCCGGGCGCAGCGCGGGGUGGUGGUGGCCGCAGUGCCCGCGGGUCUGGACUUUGUGUGCCUGCAGGAGGUGUUCGAUCUGCGCGCAGCUCAUCGCUUGGUGGGCCGCCUGGCGCCUAAUCUGGGCCCUGUGCUCUACGACGUGGGUACACUCGGCCUGCAGCCUGGGCCGCAUCUCAAGCUGCUGGGCAGUGGGCUGCUGCUGGCCUCACGCUACCCGCUGUUGCGUGCCACCUUCCAUUGCUUCCCCAAAGCGCGUGGCGAGGACGCGCUGGCCUCCAAGGGACUACUGUCUGCACAGGCGCAGGUGGGCCACUUGGAUGGGCGCCGCAUAGUGGGAUUCCUGCAUUGCACGCACUUGCAUGCACCGCCUGAGGACAGACCCUUGCGCUGCAAACAAAUGACGCUUCUGCUGGACUGGGCAGAGCAGUUUGAGGCCGAGAGCGACAAGAGUGAUGAAGUUGUGGCUUUCAGCGUGCUCCUAGGCGAUCUAAACUUCGACAACUCGAAAUACCACCAGCAGGAGCAGCAACACAAACUCUUCAGCUGCUUCCAGGACCCCUGCCGGCUGGGGAUCAGCCAGGAGCAGCCCUGGGCCCUGGGGACGAUACUGAGCACCCGCAAGCUCCACCACUCAGUGGCCAGCUCUCCCGAGAUGCUGCGGAGGGCUCUGGAGGAGGAGAAAGGGCGCCGCCUAUACCUGGCAAGCCCUCCCUGCCGAAGGAGCUGGACCAAACCCUGGCGGGGCUGUCGUGUGGACUACAUCACAUACCGGGGUGUGCCCGGGGGCCUGCUGAGUCCAGAAGUGGAACAGGUGACAUUCAGUACUGCCCUGGCUGGGCUUACGGACCACCUGGCUGUGAGCCUGCAACUUCGAGUUUCGGUGGCCUCCUAACGCAGGCACAUGGAAGACAGGCACGCAGUCAGCACAAACAGCACAACACAGAGCUGGAACUUGGCCCGGUAGCCACACCCUAAGAACCAGGGGGCUGAACGGAUCUUUAUUGUGGAGGCCCUCACACAGCCUCCUGGGCCCGGCGGUAAUCAUAGACGCUGCCACGCUCGGGG